GACCGAAUACCACAAGCAAAAGCUGUGCGCCCUUCUCUUCUCGUCCCGACGAAUAUCGCGGCCACCUCUCAACGCUUUCCUCUCCACGAAACCUUUUCCCUUCUCCUCUCCUCUCCUCUCCUCUCCUCUCCUCUCCUCCAAAUCUCUCUCUCUCUCUCUCUCUACUAUUUCUUUUGCCCUAACCUAUGAAGAGGCCCCGAUACCUACUCCGCAUCUCGAUCGCGAUUCCUCGCCUCCUCCUUCUCUUCUCCUUCGUCCUCCUCUCCUCCGCUCCGGGAAUUCUCUCAUCAAGGCUUGUUACACUCGGUUCAAUAGAAAUAUUUAAAACCCAUGAGUGGCUACCUUCCAAACCAACUGUCUAUUUUCAUUGUCAGGGAGAGAACAAAACUAUCUUGCCUGAUGUAAAGAAAACACAUGUUUUAUACACUUUCAAGGGUGAGGAGUCUUGGCAGCCGCUGACAGAGCUUCCCGAUAAGAAAUGCAAGCGAUGUGGUAUUUAUGAGAAGGACAAUUUAAAGCCUGAUGAUGUCUAUGAUGAGUGGGAAUUGUGCGCUGAUGAUUUUGUUGACGGGAAAUACAUCCAUUUCAAGGACAAUGAAUUCAAUGCCACAUUUAUAUGCCCCGGGUGCACUGCUUCUACUGGUUCUACUCAUACUUCUGCCUCAAACACUCGGUCUUCAGCGAAGAAGUCUCACGUCCUGCUGGUAAUAGUAAUCUGCAUAUUGGCUUCGCUCUUGAUGACCAUCGGAGCGGUAGCCGAGUACAAAUACUGGCAAAAGAGAAAAAGGGAACAAGACCAGGCGCGGUUUCUAAAACUCUUCGAAGAGGGUGAUGACUUUGAGGAAGAACUGGGUCUUGGGCAUGUUAUAUAAAAUUGGAAGAAAAAACAGAGAUCAACUCACCACACAACCGGUUUUCUAAUUCAUCAGAUUGUAACUAUUUUUACAUAGAUUUGAAUUUCGUUUUCUUCCAAGUUUUCUUAAGCAUUAGGCAUACAGUUGUAAACUUGUUUCUGAAGCAUAGUGUUCCCACGUCUUUUCUUUUGUAUAUAGAAAUGAAUUAGUUUUAGCU